CGCCUACAUACGCUACCGCUGUACCGUGGCGCGAGUUUGGAAAAGGAAAACCGAUCGAAAGAAACAAGUUACCGGUCUUCUAGAAUGAAUGAUCUUUUAUUGGAAUAAUAAUGGGAGAUGAUACGCCUGUGGAUACUAGAGAGUUCGUGGAAGAGCUUAAGAAGCAAGCUAGUUUAGUGUCGGAGAGCGAGAGCGGUGAUGUUUCUUCUGAUCGACAAUCUUGGGCAGCUGGACCAGGAGAUACCUCGGGCUAUGAGUGGGAUCCCGUACGUCAAGGGUGGUUUCCUAAGGUGGAUGAAGACUUUAUAGCAUCCUAUCAGCUAAGUUAUGGCUUUACAUCUACUGAAGAACAAAAUAAAAUGGAGACAACUACAAACGCAAAUGAUACAACAUCAUCACCUAAUAAGCAGCUUAAAGCAGUGCAUGCUGGGGAAAAACGUGUUGUUGACAGUAGUACAGAAGAGAAUGCCAGUGGAGAGCAGCCCGAUGGUAAAAAGAAAAAGACAAAGGAAGAAGGAUGGUUUCAACCUGAUCCGGAGAAAAACCCUAAUGUAUAUGUAUCAGGUUUACCAUUAGAUAUAACAGAUGAAGAAUUUGUUGAAUUGAUGAGCAAAUAUGGUAUCAUCAUGGAGGACCCCGACACCCAAAAGCCUAAGAUAAAGUUGUAUAGAGAUGAGGAAGGAAAACCUAAAGGGGACGGUAGAUGCUGCUACCUUAAGAUGGCUAGUGUGCAUCUUGCUAUAGAUUUACUUGAUGAAGCUGAAUACAAGAAGAGUACUCUUCAUGUAGAACAGGCACAGUUCAACAUGAAGGGGAAUUACAACCCUGCUCUUAAGAAGAAGAAAAAGAAAAAGAAGAAAAAACAAGGGAAACAACAAGAAAAAUUGCUUGAUUGGGUGGACAGAGAUAACAGAAGGCCUAAAAAUGAGAGGGUGAUAGUAAUAAAGAACAUGUUUGAUCCCAAAGUAUUUGAGAAAGACCCCCAACUUAUCAUCACGACGCGCAACGAUCUUCGCAAGGAAUGUGAGAAGUUUGGCGACGUCAGAAAAGUCAUAGUCUUCGAUAGACACUCUGAGGGGAUAUGUUCCGUUGCUUUCAAAGAACACCCACCCGCCGACGCUUGCCUUGAGCGAAUGAACGGACGCUGGUUUGCUGGACGCAGGCUUGCCGCUGACCGAUGGGAUGGAGUGUCUAACUUCAACAUUCAGGAAUCGGAUAAGGAUCUGAAGGACCGCAUGGCGAACUGGGAAAAAUUCCUCUACGGGGAGGAGGAUGAAGAGAAAAGUGCAACAUCAACAGCGACCCCCCAGGGUGCGAACUCCUGAAUCACGUGGGAUGACGUCAUCACGCAUGCGCAUAAUAUCAUUCGCCCUGUUAAGACGCGGCCAAAGUAGAGACUUGCCUUAGAAAGCCUGAAAAAAUCCCCUAGGAACCAAGAGACAAAAUAAGUACAUACUUGCGCUAGAAAACCUGAAAAAAUCUCCUAGGAACCAAGAGACAAAAUAAGUACAUACUUGCGCUAGAAAACCUGAGAGACUCGCCUUAGAAAGCCUGAAAGCUGACACUAGACAACCUGUGCACUGUACAUUCUACAAUAGGAUAUCAUGGUCCCAAAGGAAGCUGUAACCAUCCGACUGAUGCACUUAUCUCGAAAGUGCACCUCGCGCUGUCUAUGAGUGUAUUUUUACCGCGAAGACCCUGCACUCUAUGGUUGUUAUCACUAUAGAAAACACAAUAUUCCAUCGUGGCGAACAUCUCUGAAUCCAAAAUAAUGAUCGUAUUCUUUUUUAAAUCUUCUCUUAAAUCUCAUUGGGGGUUUAUGUAAAUAUGUCGAUAAUAAUAGGCGUUUGUAUGUACGCAGUUUAUUUGCCUAAAGUUGUCACUUUUAUAGCAUUUGUAAACAACUUUUUAUUACAUGUCUGCUUUACAACGAUAGUCAAAGUGUAAUAGUCAGAAAAACAAUGAAAUUAGAUCGCAAUAAAGUGUAGUUCACGGGUUAAUAAAAAUCACUCUUAUUGUUAAAAUUCAAA